AUGGAUAAAGAAAACAAGGAAAAUCAAUGUUUUGGAGCACCUGAAAGCCCAGUGAAAACACCUCUGAAACAAACGGCAACCCCCAACUGGCUUUUGGCAGAGGUCCAGCCUACUGCUCCUGACCAUCUGACCACACCACCAAAGCCCGAUGAAAGUUCUUCUGGUGAUCCAUGGACCCCGACCUCUAACCUUAAAAUGCUGAUUAGUGCAGCUAGUCCUGAGAUUAGAAAUCGAGAACAGGAAAAAAAAAAGUCAGAUGGUAAAAGUGAAAGCCUUGAGGAUCAUUUGUCAGGAGAUGAGUAUGAAAAGUCUCAACCAAGCCGUAAAGAGAAGAGCCUUGGAUUGCUAUGUCAUAAAUUCUUAGCCCGCUAUCCCAGUUAUCCUAACUUUUCUAAAAAUAAUGAAAUAUGCCUUGAUGAGGUAGCGGAAGAUCUAAAUAUUGAGCGCAGGCGCAUCUAUGACAUAAUGAAUGUAUUAGAAAGUCUUCACAUGGUGAGCCGACUUGCCAAAAACAGGUAUUCCUGGCAUGGGCGUCAUAAUCUUAAAAAAACACUGCAGGUUUUGAAAAAAGUAGCUGAGAAAAACAAGUACUUGCAACAAAUUGAACUGAUUAAAAAAGGAAAAAUUGGGCAAGAGACUGGAAAUAUUGGCCAGAACAUUGAAUCGAUGCCAAAGCAUGCUAGGCCAAAUUAUCAUACAGACUUUGUGGAACUUCCUGGAAUGGAGCUUCAAGCAGCUUCAGUAAAUAGUCGUAAAGACAAGUCUUUAAGAGUGAUGAGUCAGAAAUUUGUAAUGUUGUUUCUUAUGUCAACUCCCCAAGUUGUGAGCCUUGAAGUUGCUGCUAAAAGUUUGAUUGGCGAAGACCAUUUUGAAUCAUUGGAUAAAAGCAAGUUUAAAACUAAAAUCCGAAGACUCUAUGAUAUUGCUAAUGUUCUCAGUAGCCUUGAGCUCAUCAAGAAGGUUCACAUUAUGGAAGAGAAGGGCCGCAAGCCAGCAUUUAAAUGGAUAGGGCCAGAUGUUUUUUCUGAUACUAAAGAUACUGAGCCAAAACUGGAUGCAGCCUCACCUCCUUUGGAAGGUAAAUCUUGUAAAGAGCAUUGUUCCAAGAAUCUCUUCCCUACUAGUAACAAACAAAAUUUCACACGGCAUCCAUCUUUGAUAAGACUGGCAAGGAGUGAACAAAAUGAUCAGAGAAAGAGCCGUUCUGCUCCAAGCAGCCCUGUCAAAAAUCAUUCAGGUCCAGAUCCUUCACCUUUUCCAAGCAAGAUGGCUCAACUUGCAGCAAUAUGCAAGCAACAAUUAGAUGAACAAUCAAGAUAUAUUUCUAUGGAAUUGGAAAAGGUAAAAAAGAAAUUGGAACACACUUCACCUUCUGAAUUUUGUUUGAAGUCCAAAGCAGGCUUGUUGCCUUCUCAAGCUGCAAUCUUAUCCCUGACCUCCAACUCAGAGUUACCAGCCACGCUUCCCCCUGUCCUUUCUAGUGUACCAUGUGCAGUAUAUCUGAAUCCAUCCCACGUACAGGUAGUGACAACAUACAGUCCAAAUUACAUGCCACACCCUGUUUCUGCUACUAAUGUGGUUGAAAGUAAGUCUCCUGUGGAAGCUAAUUCACAGGUAGCUCCUGCUGGAACAUUUACUAAAGACAGUUCUAAUACUUGGGAAAAGGCUGAAGAUCUGCAACUCAGGCUAACUAAGGAACCAGAUGGAACAACAGAUGACUUGAUGCCUGGGAAAUGUUUUAAAAGAUCUAACCUGUUACUAGAGGACACUCCAAUUAAAAAAUGUAAGAGUGAAGAGGUGGAGCUUCACGAUUCACUGUUGGGUGAGUCUGUUAAGAAUAAAAACCACCAGACUUCUGUAGCUUUGCAUCUAAAUCAGGAAGUCUUAAUUUCACCAGUAACAAAGCAAAAUAAACAUGUACCCACAGAAGUGGAAUUCAGGUGUGAACAGAAGAAGCAGGGAGAUGUUUUUAAGUAUGAUAAAGUUGGCAUAGCACAGGAAAUGCCUCCAGGAUUUGCAGCUUCUAUACCCAAGGACAUCAAGGUCACCAGUGAAGUAGCUGUGUCCGGUAAGGAGAAAACUGAGUUGUAUGCAGUGGAAAAGAAAUCCCAUGAUUCUUCUAUUCUAGGUAAUGUGUUCUCUUGUAAUAGCGUGUUAUCUUUCUUUUUUGCCAUAGGUCGAAUUCCAGUGACAUCUAGUUUCCCUACUUUUCAUAUAACACCUCUUAACCUAAUGCUACCACCACCUUCUGUAGCAACCACAUCCUCAGGGAAUGGUAGUGCUGUUUCUUCAGUCCAUGUUAAUCCUACUCAGUCUCAGAGCACCUUAGUUCUGAAUAUUAUGCUACAACAGUUGCCAGCCAAUGUACAGAUGUCUGCAGAUCAUGUACAUCAAUCUGCUUUCAUUUGUCAGGGAGCAGAACAUGUUAGUCCUGUCCCAGUAAGUGUAAGAUUGCAGCAAGCGACUGUAUUGCAGAAUGUCUUACUAAGGGAUAACCAUGACUUACAUGGAGAAUUGGUUCCAACUACUACUCAGGAGACCACUGUUCCUGUAACAUUCAAAGAUUCUAAGAAAGGCCAUGAAACACCAAGUGAGCCAGGCCUAGAUCCUGGCUUUCAUUAA